AUGCCUGUUGGUGUGGCGCAUCUACCAGUAUACGACAAGGAAUACGUGGUCACGUACAUACAGAUAGCUCCAGGACGCAUCAACUUAUCAAGAAGUAUUGACCAAAGGUGUGACAGUGGAGGUGGGGAAGAAGACGUGCCUCACUACCGCAUGACAAACAGCCCUCGAGAGAAACAUGGAUGCGUGAUGUGA